CUUGUGGAGCGUGAGAUGAGUUCCGCGUUACACUUACGACCUCUUUUCUCUUCCUAUCUUUAACGGCUUCGUACAUGACAUAAAAUGGAUAAAUUAGUCAAAUUCUUUAAAGAAAAGAAUGCAGACCGAAAGUUCGCCAAAUUGGGAGAAGGUCAUCGCCUUGGUGAUGCCAGUGUUCAACAUUCUGCUUCUACUGCUAAUGCUAAACGUCAGUCGACAUCAUGUCAAAGUACACCACCUUCUUCAAGGUCAGUGGAAGCCACUAUGUCUAGGAUAGCCAUCACAGAGUCUCGAGGUACUAGUAAUCAAACUGGUAUGUUAUCAAUUUUUUUCGUUGCAUGCACCUAAAACUUACACUUUUGUUUUGUCUUUCUAAGCUGCUAUGUAUUGAGUAUGUUAAAACACUGUUCUUCCCUUUGACAUUUGGUUGGGACGUUAGACAGCUUUGGAACAACUCGUUUCCACAACUUGUCAUUAUUUCACUUAAAUUCGUCUGUAUUUUCCUUAAUUUGGACACAAGCGUCAGAAAUUAUUGUGAUUGGAGGAAUGGGUGAUUCCAGGAAAUUGGUUCAUUUGUGUUGGUUCAAGUAACGUGACGAAUACUUAUCACUAAACCGGAUGUUAUAUGGCUACACAGAUAUCUUCCCUCAAUAAUAGUUUUUCACCACCAAAAUAAAUAAAGUGAUCGGUGUAGAUAUUUUAACCGCGAUGGAAAAUUGAAUCUGUUUAAAAACUUGCACCGAAUUGCUUCUCUCAAGUCUUUCGUCGUAAGUUGAACUAGUCGCACUAGCAACUAUACACACGUUAAAAUAACUCAGUAUACCUUGCAUGAUUACUACACUAAUUAGGGUGCAAAUUCUAGUAAUUCAGUCAUAGAACGAAGUCCUUAAUCGCUACUUGAUAAAAUACGACCGUUGGUCAUCUAGAUGAAUAUGUAUUGGUCAACUGAUUCUGCUAUUUAUGUAUAAAUAGUAUAAUUUACUUGUCAAAUAAAGGAUUUCAGGAGUCAAGGUAUUAAAACACAGUUGUCAGUGGGGUUUUUUGCGUCUGUAAUAGUAAUUUUAACAAAUUCUCUUAAAACGUUUAUGAACUUGAUGUUUGCAUACUUUCACAGUCAUUAUCAAGUGCCUCUACAAUGACCAGCAAUGUUUUCACCAACGAAAAUAAAAAACCCAUUUUAAACAACUUUCCUAAAAUUCUAAUCGUAUUGAUAAGCGGAAAUUUUCAAGGUUAAACUAAGUAGAUUUAGCGAAACAGGUCGGCUAACUACACGUACAGAUGUCAGAAAGGACUAGUAAUGGUUCUUGUCCUCUUGAUAUCAAACUUUUCCGAUCACUUUACUCAGUCAACUACUGUCGACUGAUAGGGUUUCCUACUUUAGGUUUUUAUGGGCUCUCGUGAAUGUUUUACAGUUUCGCAAGCUUAAAGUGUAUUCAGAUCACUAGAAUAUUCAAUAAUCAGUUCAUAUUUCUAACGUUUCAAAGUUUAUUCUUUCACGCAACAGGAAAUCCAUUAUUCCGUAAUUAAUAUAUUUUUUCUAACCCUUUUAGCUAAAAGUUGUACGUCCUGUUCGUUGACCUUUAUCACUGAAAUAAUGAACUUUUUUAUUGUCAUAUGAGCCCUAUGUAUGGGUCCCUAGAUGUCUGUACUCACGAUAUAACUGUAUUGUUAGUAGUAAUAAAUAAAAUUCGUGAGGGAAUUUUUUAAUAUUACAUUACCCCAUGGUUCAUGUCGAAAGUAGCUAAUAAGUUGGUAUGUAGUUUUGAAAAGGCACUUUCUUACUGAUUGAUUUGCUUAAAAAAGUCCAAUUCCACUUAUUGGGAGUAUUUUACAAAACGACUCAGUUUUAACGUGUCAUUUCUGCGACAACGUAUAAAGUAAUAGGAAUACUACUGUAGUGAACGAGAACAGGACAGUCAAAUGUAUUUCAACAUAAAGUUACAGAAUCUCUUAGUAAAAUCUGAGAACCAUACACUAAGUACUUCAUUUGCAAAAUGUCAAUCAAUUAUCUGAGAUUUAAUUGUUCCUUCGUGUCCACGCCAAUCAUUCUCUGUUCUCGCUCUCUUUUCUUCAACCUUCUUAAACGUCCGCCUCCAGGCAUUUUGCUUUCGAUUGAUGAUGCAUAAUACUUAUAUCUGUCGACAUCAGCAGCACACACCACACUACUGUAUGAAUAAGACAGUAAGAUAUACACAGUGUAAUAUCAUCACAGUAUUUUUUAUAACUUCCACAAAUAAACUAUGUUUAGUUUGAUGGUAAACACUAAUGUAUGUAACGUCAAAUUAAAUUUAAUCGUUUGAAAUUUCAUGUUUUAAUGGUUUAUAUAGUAAGUUCCACUCAAAAUGAGAGGAAUCUACAACACAAAUCAGUCGAAGUAGAAAAUGCGAAAGAAAUCCAUGCUGAAAAACCCAUAUUUAUUCCAAGUAAGCUGUUUUCUGCUAACUUUCCUUACUUUAGCUCGUUUUUGUUAAAGUGGAAUGAUUGUUUUUUUGUGCGUGAGGGACGAUAGGUCUUUACUGACUAAAUAGGACGAGAAUCUAUUUUUAUUUCUAUCUAGAUAUUUACGGUGAACCUAAGUCAAUCAUACUGCAACUCAGUAAUGAAUUACAAGUUUAUCUGCUAGAAUUUGAGCCGAAAUUGUUGUGUAAAAGCUAGAAAAGUUACCUGGUUAGUUUUGUCUUCAGUACGUUUAACGCUCACUGGACCACUGACCUUCGCUUGACCAACGACGCCAUUUAACUGAUAACAAAAAUCUUUAAGCAGCGAUCGCAAGAAGUUUUAUUGUUGUUGGUUUAAGACGCAGCGCUAAUCUUAGUAUUGUUCGUAUAGGUUUAUUCUUAUUCGAUUUAGCUCUGCUUAAACUUCUGACUAUCUUGGUUAUUAUAUCCGCUUCUUCGGAGUUCUUGUUUACUUUUUAGUUUAUAGAUCAGUUGAGAUAUUUAAUGUCAUGAUAGGGUCGUUGCAACUUUCUGUUACCAAUUACCUCCUGAACAGUGUCAUUUUUAUCUCAUCGUCGACCUUUAUUGCAAAGGCAGCUAAUGCACUAAAGAAGACCGAGCUUUGCUACACAUUCUCGGUUAAAAGUGCAUAUUCAUUCCUCCAGUCCCAUACACGAUAAACAAUUCUUAGUGGGUACUAAUAGUUCUUAAUGACUAAAGAUUCAUUACAUGGAGUCCGCUUGGGCGAAGGGCACGUUGGAUAAAGUAGCUGUCUUUAAUUUUCUGAUAUAUUGGUAUCAGAUAUUAGUUCGCAUCGUCGAUAUUUUCUUAAUCUUCCACUUUAAGUGCCAUCAAGCCUUCCUUGGACUCCUCCGCUCCACUCACAUUUGAAUGUUCAGGUUGAAAAAUUUUUCCACAAGUUUAAGAUAUCACUGGUCAAGGCAGAUGGGAAAAAUGAAGGGAGGGAAUAAUAUAAACAUUUCUAGUAACAUAUCGUGAAACACUCAAUUCUGUAUUGAAAACCAUGUCAGCUCAGCAGAAGCAAUAUUCUGAGGGAAAAUUAUAAUACCCAUAGAACGAAUAAAACCUAUUCCCAGGCCAGUCCUAAUCUGGAUUAAAAAAAGCAAAUUCCAACAAAAUAAACAAUAUACCCCACCUUUAAUUUCCACUUUCAUGGUAUUAUGUUUUAGAUUUACCAGACGUUAGUAUUCUGUAGUAAAUGUUUGCAGCGUCAUGUCAUUAUCUUUUUCAUUGGGAAAUAGCAAUGGCGUACAAAAAUCAGCAUCGGCAGAUGACUGUAGUCCGGAAACAAGUGAUAAACAUUUAAAAUGAUCAUUAGAUAGUGCUCGACUAGUAAAUUAACUUUCCAAGCGUAUGUAAGAUAGUCUUCAUCUGCUUUCUUCGUUAGUUGGAGAUAAUUAUGGUGAAUAUGGGAUGAAUAUGACUGUUCGUCAAAAAUUUCGAUAGUCUCACCAAAGCUUAGUUCAAGGAGGGAUAUUUUGGUAAAAUAUGAUUCUUGUAUUUUUGAUGCCUAUUGGAACCAAGUUUUUUUAAAGUAAUCAAACCUUAACUUCUCCCAUAGCAGUAUGUUUUACCCUAAUAUUAUCUAUUCUGCUGAAUCAAGAUUCAAAUAUAUUUUUACUUUCUGCACUAAGAAAGCUUUGUAUUUAACUGAGACGUCAUUCUAUUCGUUUUUGAUCUGGUAUCAUUAAGGUUUGAAUAGAGAACUUUGUCGACCAGUUAUGUCCACCAAUCCUCUGCUAUAUCUUUCUAUGUCUAACUUGCAUUUUUUGUACACAUGUACUAGGAAUUUUUCGAUUUAUGCUUUGGUUUUUGUUUGGAUAAAUGAUAAAUAUGUGUAUUGCAGGUGGUCUAAAUCUAAUGUUCAACUAGUAAGAUUUCCAGGAACCAUUCCGUACGCAGAUAUGUAGCUCUAUCUUAGUAGUUUGUAUUUUUUUAGUUCUUAGUCAUCAAGUUAUACGUUUAAACGUAAUUUUGCUCAUCUCAUGUGACCGGUUUACAAUAAGUAUGAGCAAGGGCUUAGUAAAUAAUCCUUUAUAUUGUUGCCCUUGUUACUACUACUGGCACUAAUAACAAUGAUAUUAUUAUUAUUAGUAGUAGUAUUAGUAUUACCGACUCAUUCAUAAUUAAAGCAUUAUUCUGAAUACCAUAUUAGUGUGAAUGUAGGACACAAACUUAUGUUUGCCUUUUCAAUAUCGGUUUAUCCACUCUUUGUGUUUUAACAAUCAGUUAGUUAUCCAUUUGCAAUUUUCCUAGUCUGAUUCUAUACAAAUUUAUAUUAUCUGUAAUCUAGUACUUCUCUCAUCAUGAAACCAUAUAACAUCAGUUCAAAACACUUCAUUAAGAUUUUAACACAUUUAUUUACAUUGUAUUCUACUUAUCAUAUUAUUGUUCAUUUUCUAUCAAACCCUAUGAAAAAAAUCAAUAAGUUAUCAUUAAAAUUAUUGGGUAUCUAUGGUGGGGGUAGUUUAUUGAUUAGAUUAUCACGUUAGAAUUUUUUGUAUUGAUUGCUUAAAGUAAUUUGUCGUGUGAGCGAUUUGAUGUUAAUUUACGUAAUCUACUGUCAAGUUAAGGUAAAUUCUAAUUGUAUUUGUUCAACAAAUAAUCGUAGUAACAGCGGUUUAAUGAUUAAAUAACACUAAAGAAAUACAGACUCUUAAGUAAGAACUUUUGUCAUUUUUUUGAGGAUAUUUUUCCUUAUGAUUUGAAGUCAGUUGAAUAACCCACUUAAAAUGAAGAAAACACUAAAGUGUCGUUUCAUCUUGGACACCGUUUAGUAACUUGCACCUACAAUCAGUCGCACCAAGGGUCGAACUCAAGUUUUUCAAGGCUUGUGUCAAACCCAUUGUUGAUUUUUGUAACGAUUUGUAUUUCCUGAUUUCAGUCUAUUCGUGAUGUAACAUAAUUGUUCUGUAUCCCCUUUAAGUCUCUAUAUUAUUCUUAACUUGGUUAAUUUCAAAGUUGAUGAAUCUCUACUAAAACGAGGAGAAAUUCAUCUCGGACAAAUAAUUAGUGCGCAUACUGUGUUGUUUUGAGAAUUAUGUCUACUUUGCAAAUAAUUGUUUUUAUGAGCUGAGAUCAAAUGGAGAAUCAUUUACCUAUCAAAGGAACUUAUACACGAAGUAGUUUUACCAUAAUAUCUGUAGAUUAUUUCAUUUAUUUGUUGUCCGUUAUGUUUGCACGAAAUCGUUUUCUUUGGAAAGUAGUCUUUCGAUAUCAUGAUGCAUAAUAAAACUUUAGAAAUGAAAGCAAAUAACCUAAUUUGGCAGCUUUGUAUAAUUGUCUAAAUGUUUGUCAUAUUAUUAAUUUUAGUGAGCUCAGAACUAGUUCAGUAGGAUACAAUUUAAAAAUUAAACAUAUGGCAGAAUUCUGACAAAGUUUGUAUAUUACCGAGCUGUCAAUUGUCACUGUACGCCCAAUAGUACAGUAACAAUAUAGAUAUUUUGUUUUUCCAUGAUAUCUAAUGAAAUCUAAAAAAAAUUCCGAGCAACUUAAACACCCACAUUUGCGUAUAUUUUAAAAGAUUUGGGAUUGUCAUUUGUCUGAAACUAUGGAGUAGUGGCUUAUUGGUUAGGAGGUUUGAUUUUCAACCACAGUCCCAGGUUUAAACUCCUCUCCACCUACUUUAGUUUGGGCGUCUGAAUAGUAUCAUUAACCCUUACACUACUUUAGCUCAUACCCAAGUACCUAAUGAAUGAAUUAAGUUUUUUAUUUUAUUUUUUGCACUACUACCAAAUAUUGUUAUUGUUCUCACUAUCCGUGACGCGAUGAUGCGGAAAAUACCUUUACGAUCCAGCCAUCGAUCUUCUCAUAGACAUAUUAAUUUUUAUAGUACCUGUAUUUACCACUAUUGAAUUAUGUCACUGGAUAAUACUUGAUUCUGUGUAUUCCUUCUUCUUUGUGUAAUUGCACUUCAUUACUGAGUUAUGUUAUUUAUUAUGGCUUAUUCAUUUCAGAGCUUUUAUUUUGGUGCCCUAAUCUUUUUGGUGAUACAGUGGUUGGAAGUCGGGAUGAGAUUGAACAAGCUAUCCAAAAUUAUCUCUUAUCUGGUUCUGUUUGUAAUACUAAUGAAGCCAUAGUGUUAAUGGUUAUCAGAGGAAUAGAGAAAAGUAAACUUCCAUCAUCUUCAAACAUCCCAUUGUCAGAAUUGCCGUCUCUUAGUGAAAUUAAACAGAAUCGUAAACAGAAUAUCGUUAGAAUUUUACAAAAUUUAAUUAGUGCACCAGAAAAUCCAGUUUAUCGACGUCUGCGUGCAUCAAAUAAAUUGAUACAAGAUCUUUUGUCUAUCGAUGGAUUUGAAUCUUUUCUCACAGUAAUUGAUUAUUUUUGUAUAUACAAUUAUUGUUUUUAUUUUAUAAUGCUUUUGAUAACUAUUUUGCAAUGGUUUGAUUAUGUAAUCGUUUGAAAGGAUUGCAUUCUAGAAUUCUAUGUUGUUUUGGGUAUGAAAUCUAAGUGCUAUUUAGAGUUAAAAUACCUUUGAAGAAUGAUGUCAGUAACUUGCUUAUGUAAUCGUUUGAAAGGAUUGCAUUCUAGAAUUCUAUGUUGUUUUGGGUAUGAAAUCUAAGUGCUAUUUAGAGUUAAAAUACCUUUGAAGAAUGAUGUCAGUAACUUGCUUACUAAGUCCCUGGGUUUUUGUACUUCAUUUUGAGCCACUAAGCUAAGUGCAAAACGAUUUGAACCUAUAAUAUAUUGAAUAGAAGUAAAACUUUCUAAGCAAUAAACUCAGCGUUUCAUCCGAAAUUUCGAUGCUAUAUCGACUAAUUUAAAAUUUUUCGCUUUAUAAGCGAGCCGAUUCGAUCUAUUUUUCUUGUCAUAAGUUCAUAUAAAAUGUCUGUAAUAAUUCAGUAUAUGUUGUUACAUUGCAUCAUUCAAAUUAUUCUAUGCAUUAUCCUUCCACAAAUGCCCUGGUACGGCCAAGAGUGGGGAGAGUCAGCUCUUUCUCUCGAAAUUCUCUCACAUGGCCACGUGCACACAACCACUGCCACGAAAGUCCUACUCACUGCCUUCUUGCGGCGCGGGUGUCGUUUACAAAAUUGAGAGAACGAAAAGCGAAUGUCCGGUGUUUUAACCGGUUGGUGAACACGGAGAGUCCACCUAGGUGAGUUGGAGAACCCUGAUUCCAAACCAAUGAUGUACAUGGGCUUCAUGAUUUUGAGGGGGAAAAUGACAUACGAAUCAAUUAUUGGUCACUGGCUACCAUGGUACUGCAUCUCCUCACGUUGCUCCACUGUUUUGUGAAUCAGACCUUUAGGUUGAAGGUUACAGGUGUGGCAUCUAAGAAAGCCACCUGCUUCGGUCUGAGCACCAGGGCAGUAUCACAGCUCAUACACAAAUCAAGUGACUUGUGUGGUGCAUAUAUAUUCGGUGCUCCUUUGUACCAAUAUUUAUGUGCUCAAACAAAUAAAGUAAAUAAAUAAAGGAAAUUAUACACAAAAAAUUGUGACUUUGAAUUUUACUGUUCUAGAUAAAGCUAUAACCAGAAACAUGUUUAUAAAACUGUCUUGUUAGUUGUCACACUAUUCCUCAUUAAAUUUAUAGAUAUAUCUUCCUAAUAUUGUUCUACUGAUGAUUAUUUUAUUCAUGCAUUACUGAAUGUUUAUUUCUCUUUCUAUAAAUAAUUUUUUCUUAUAUAAAUCAAAAUACAGUUAUGUAAUUUUAAAAAGAUGAUGUUACCUGCCACACGUCCUAGUGGGCAACAACAAGUUGAAGGUGAUGAUGAAAAACCAACCGUGGGGAAUAACGAGGAUGCAGUUGAAGAGUACAAGGAGGCUUUCUAUGUAAUAUCAGAAGAAGAUGCUAACAAAAGAGAGCAUUUAGAAAAACUGUUGAAUCUAUUUACCACAGCUGAUCCUAUUCUACCUGAAUUAUAUCGUAAUACCAAAGUGUAUCGAGUGAGUUGUAGUUCAAUUUUUUCUAUAUGUUUGGGUAUACAUCAUAAACUCUGGUUUAAUACCCUUUCAUGAUCUAGUGCUUUCAUUUGACUGAAUUUAACCAACUUGUUCAUAUUCUGUAAUUCACUUAGCAAGUACAUAUUAAUGUAUUCAGCUUUGAGCUACAUCGUUUACGUGACACCUACUAGUGGUACACUAACCAGCUGGGUAAACCUGAAAUAGGAAAAGUAGGUGUAAGAACCUGACUUAUUGAUUGAAAAACUAGUGAUCCAAACAUUAGUACACUACUAAUAAACUAAAUUUAAUUCAUUUCAAUGUUUCUAGCUUCACUAUUACAACCAAAUAAAAAUAGCACGCAAAAUACAUGUUCUUCUUUACUAGUUAACUACCUAUGGCUAUCUAGGUGGAUCUGAUGCUAUUGUUGGUUUGUUAUACUCAUUCAUGUCAAUCUGUAUUAUUUCAAUCGGAUUCAUUAUGUUAUUAACACAUGACGUAAUCAACCACCUAAUUAUUAUCGCGUAUCGUCAAGUUUACAAAACUUAUGAUUCUCUACCUAAUUAUCUUUCCAAUUAUUAAUUCUUCAUUGGAAAGACUAGAAGUUACUGAUAAGUCUUGCUAUUUGAACGCUAUAUUCGGUUCCUAAACUAUUCUCGCAACCCUCAAGCUAGAACUAUACAGCGACCUGAACACAAGAGAAAAGACGCAAAAUAUACGAGUACUUUACUCCGAAGGUUCGUUUUAUUACAGAAAAUAUAGGGUUUUUAUAGUAUUUUAGAUGUCCUUGGAUUUCCCGAAAAUUCUGGAACGCUACUAAACAUAGUAGCAGUAUAGUAAUCAGCCAAUCAGAAACUCUACAUGUGGCUUUUCACUUUCCUGGUGUUUCUGGCUAAACUUCAACUGAACGCUGAUUGGAUAAAAUGCUUCUUAGUGUUUCCUGAACCUUUCUUGUCUUUUGUGAGAAGUUUUCUGGAUCACCCCAACAGUUACACAUUCAACUGUAUUACUCUAUGUUUUAAAUCUGAUGCACUGGCCUCAAUCCCUUAUAAACCCUACAUUGAUUAGAGCAUAUAGACUGAGUGCCUAUUCUAUUACUGAUACGAGAUUAAUACGACAGUCAGAAGACCUAAUGAAAUUCCAAGUCGUCAACACUCUGAUGGUUACUUAACACAACAUACGAUAAGAAUAUGGGAGAUUGACUUUUUACAAGAAUGGUUUAAUUAUCCCUAGAAUUGGCUAGUAUUAUCGGAUAUGACUAUUUUAAUGAAUUUAUUUGUAACUUAUUACCAGGCUACUGGUCGUACUCUGACGUGUAUUCCGCGUGAUCAUCUUCCUGAUGAGUUUUUCUCCCUAACAAAAGAAGAAUUUCGUAAAUGUUACGAUCAUCAACAUCGAAUUAUAGAAGAAGGUCGUAUGUUACUUACUAAAGCCAUGAGAGAACGAUUAAAAACGCAACAUAUGAAAUCGUUUCGUUACGCUGUUAUUCGUGUUCGGUUCCCGGAUAACCUUCUUCUUCAGGUUUGUGCUUCUCCUUUUUUACUGAAUUGUGUUUAUUUAGUCAGUUAUAGUUAACGUUACAUGUUACAGUCGUUUCCCUAAAAACAUUUUAUCCACAGUCUUUAAACGUAAUGUACUAAUUUUCAUGCUUCAUCUUAAACAAUCUGUAGAUCUCUGAUUUGUGCAUAGUGCAGAAAAGAAAACAUGAAAUGUCAAUUAUGGUAAAUAACCAUAUCUAAUACAUCCAUAAAAACCAUAUGGUUCGUUUAUCACUUAUUGUCGAUGUUUGGCAACUGAAUCAUUUCAAAUUGUUUGAAUUGAGAACUGACUGUUCACUUAUAGAAUAAUUUAAUUCAUAGUCAGCAGUGCAUCUGUCUAUCAUAUGAGUUAAAAGUUUACUUUUUGCUACUUUGAGGUUAUCGAAUAUUGCUUUGAAGAUAUACGAAAGUUUCUGGUAUUUAAUAGUAGGUCUCUUCAAAGCACAACAAAGCGUGGUGUUACCACUCAGUAAGCAAUCCCAAAGUCAGUUUUAUCUUAGUAGAUAAGAAUGUGAAACCGUUUGCCUAGGCUGUGAGCAUUCAUCGGUAUAGGUAGUUGGAGAAUGUUUUACUCAUGUUCAUGUUGACAUGUAAGCCUAUUUGUUGUGUUAACCAUCAUAAAAAGUAGAUUGAAAAAAGCUAUGGAUUGGCAAGACUGAAAUGCAUUAUCAAGUCAUGAAACUACAAAAUAUGAGACUGUGUAUAUUGGACAGUGGAAAUUUUGUGGUUGGGAUCUACGAAGUAAUUGGUCUCCAGAGUUGGAUAUCUUUACAAUGAUGCAGGUGCAUACACUUUUUGUUUCCCUGAAGUCUUCAGGUGUUAUUUUAAUUUUUCUUUCAUUUCCUUGUUUCACUCGUUCUUUUUGAACUGUAUUACUAUACCGUAGUGAACAAGAACACGAGUGGGGACAACCGAAUGUAUUUAGCGCUAAAUUACAGAGUUACUCGGUAAAAUAGAAAAACCAUAUAGCAAGUCGUUAAUUUGCAAAAUAUCAAUCCAUCAUAUCAACCUGGACUGUUCCUGUUGUAAACAUCAAUCCAUUGUCUCACAUUUCAUUGUUCAUGCGUUUCCUUACAAAUUGCAUUGUGUUCCCGCUCUUCCUUUCUUGAUCUUCCCCCAUCUUCUGCUGCCGGACAUUACUUUUUAUAACUCGCGUCAUAUACUACUUAUACCAAUAUAAGCAGCACACACCACAAUGCUACUUCGUGUUUUAAUCCUGUUGUUGGGUUGAUAUGAAGCGUGACAAUAGUGAACCGAUUGAUGUGUUCUACGUCCACCGUGUGUUGUUUAUGAUUGGCUGGUCUUAUUUAUCUCAGAUAAAUUAUACUUCACCAAUGUUCUUAUUAAUUACUCGUACUUUACACACUGACAGUUUUGUUGGACGGUCAUCAGAGAAUUUCUUUGACCUGAAUUUUCUAGACAAUAUUCAGCUUGUUGAAAACCAAGGAAAUUUAUAAGGAUUUUGUAGAACAGUAGGGUUUAAGUAAGAGGGACGCUAAACACUAAAGGUUGUUAUUAUUAAUUCAGUUGGAGAGGGGCAGGUGUGUCGCAACAUUAGUCUAUAAUGAUAGUUAUCAUAGUCACCCACCUACAAAACAAUAAAGUCGUUUUCGCAAGCUCAAAGAUAAGACGUCGGUCACGAUCGUGAUUGAUUAUAUCGGUCAACAAAUUUUCAAUCAAUCACUGGAUUUCUUUCGAACUUUUCACAUUCUUCACAUAGUUAUGCACUGAAUUUCCAGUGAUACAUCAUUAUGUAAAAAACCAUUUUAUAUUGUAGGUAUCAUUACCAAGGUUUGGCUUGAUAAUUUCGAAUAAAUUGAGCAUUGGGUAGAUUGUUAUAAAUAAAUUAAUCAAUAUAUUUGUAAUAUCCCAAUGCGUAGACAAAUUGAAUUUUCUGACGCUUUGUGACUUAGUGUAAGCCACUCCUUCAGAGAAUAAAUAACCAAAUCAAAAUUAAUCCAAGUUUUAUUCAUUUUAUAUUAUUCACCGUGCUAACAUUUUACACAUGGUUAAUAAGAAUUCUUGUUCUGUUACUUUUCAGGGUACAUUUUAUGCUAUGGAUAAACUUUCAACUGUUCGACAAUGGAUUUCUGAAUGUUUAGCUAAGCCUUAUUUAUUUCGAUUAUAUGCCCCACCAAGCAUUCAAACAGCCACACUUACGAAUGCGCCUCCGACGGUGCCUGUUGAAUUAACCGAUGAUAAUCUUAGUUUAAGCGAAGUAGGUUUAGCACCUUCCAGUUUAAUCAAUUUGACUUUCAUUGAUCGUAUACAACAAGAAGCAUCUGGGACUAGCGUUUUACGCUUUGAUUUAAAUCAAUCGGUUGAAGACAUUUAGAGUAUUUUCGUCAUUUAUAUUCCUUCUGCUUCUUUAUUCCACAUCUGCUUACUACUUUAUACAAGAGAGAGAAUAAUUAUUUAAAUGCUCCUUGUUUUUGCUAUUUCACAUUGUGUUGUCAACUACUUAUUCAGGGACUUACAAAAACUUUACGAAAUAUGCAUAUAUAUAUAUAUAUAUAUAUAUAUAUAUAUAUAUAUAUAUAUAUAUAUCACCUGUUUAAACUGUGAUAUUCAUCCAUCAAAAAGUUUACUAUUUUUUAUUGAAAACUUCUUCCUAUACCCAACUAGGCAUUUGGUUUGUGUGAGGAUUUAUGUAAUUGUUUGUUCAUUCAUUAUUACUUCAAGAUUAUCUUAAACUUUUUCAUGUGUCUGUAUGACGAUGAAUCAGUCCCAUUCAAUAGAAUGUAAGAUAUGAUUCUCAUCUCACUAACAUCAUAAGGGAAAUAAUUGUCUUGAAAUAUCUUCUUUUUAAGGAUCAUUUGAAUUGAUAUUGAUGUUCAUUUUUAAUUCCAAGCAGUGUAUAUAUCAUGCCGUUACUAUUGUUUCAGUCAGUCACAACGUAGAACCUGGUACGUGUUUACAUCGGCUCGAUUUGCCAGACCUCUUUAGCACGGAGAUGAAAUUAAUCCAAAUCCCAGAGUAGUAGAGGUGGUAGUACAAAAUAUUAGGCAUCGAAGGUACGAUUCAAGAAAGUAUAAGUUAGUGGAAUUAAAGCCAGAAAAAUUAUGAUGAAUUCAAAAGCUUUGGAUUUGGGGAAGACAAAGAAUGGAUGCACCUGCACUAUUGCAAACAAUUUUGAGCCAUUUCAUUCAAAUUAUUAUUGCUUACUGAUACUCACUAAUGAUGAUGCAUACUUCGAACCUUCUAAACGGUCAUUUCCGCAAAAUUAGGAAACACAGUUUUGGCAAAUACAUAAUUAUCAGAAGGGGUUUGUGGAGAUUUUUAGAAAUUUUCACAGAUUGAAAUCAUGAGUCAGUUAAAGCUAGACCACCAUUGAAAACCUGGAAGCACUGGACGGCCGUUCCGUCCUAGUGUGGGAUUCCUCAGUUCUAGUGGGAAGCCGUUACCAGUGGUCAGUCAGUCAGCUACAACGUAGGACCAGGCACAUAUGUGCAUCGGUCCAGGUUGCCAUACCUCAUAAGCAUAGCAAGAUGAAUAGCGGAUUCAUAGGAGUGGUUAGGUCAAAGAUGGUAAUAUAUAGGAGAAAGAUUGCAAUAAGGAUAUAGUAUAGGAAGAAAGAAUUAGUUCGUAGAAAGAAAGAUAUGAAGUGAUUUUAAUCUCUUAGUUUAAGGGAAGACAGGGAGUGUAUACACCGACGCCAUUGUGAUCGAUUCUGAGCCAUGUCACCAAGAGUCUCCAAC